GGUGUUGCUGCGGGGGGGGGCGGGGUGCGCGCCUCUCGUGACACUCCUCGCAGCUCGGCCUUUCCCAGGGCGUGGGCUGCCCCCUGGCCGCAGCCCUGCGCCUCUCGUCUCCUACCCGCCCGGUGGGCGACCUGGCCACCUUCCUCUCCUCGCCCGUGCUGUGCCUUUCGUGCGCAUUGGCUGCCCCUGGGAAGGAGACGUUACCCGUGCCAUUAAGUACAUGAUCAGCCCCUUCAUUUUACCUGGGAGAGUGUCUGUCUUCAAAUAGUUGCACUCCCAAAUAAGCAAGAUCGGGCAGAUCUGCGUUUCCUAAUAGGAUGAUGAUACAAGCUCCAAUUUAAAAAGAGACAUGAGAGGUACCAGGACGGCUGAAAAGCAUAUCCUGAGUUUUGCAGGGAUUUAGGAGAUUAUGGCAUCUGAAGCCCACAAUGUUAGAAAAUGGAACCUGUUGCAUACCAAGGGUCGUCACAUUGAUCUCAGAAAAAGGAUCUCUCAUUCCACUAAUAAGAACAUGAAGGAGGGUAAGAAAUCUCCAAAACAGUUGGCUUCUUACACAAACAGAACAACAGUUGGACAAACUGUGACGAGCUCCCCUUUUCUUUUCAAAGUAGUAUAUUGUAAAAAAAAAGUUCACUGUUAUACUUCAAAACCUUGUUACAGAAAAAAACAGUUCCCUAAAGUCAGGGGCCGUGACAUGGCAAAUAAGGAAAAUGAACUGGCUUGUGCAGGUAAUCUGCCGGCAAAACUACACGACAGUCAUAUGUUUUUAUUAAAUACCAGUGAUUCUGGCUCCUCUCAAACACAAGGUCCCUCAUCAAAAUACAGUGGAUUUUUUUCAGAGGUUUCUCAGGACCAUGAUACUAUGGCACAAGUUCUUUUUAGUAGAAACCUGAGACUGAAUGUAGCUUUAACCUUCUGGAGAAGAAGAAGUAUAAGUGAACUCAUAGCCUAUUUAGUGAGGAUACAGGAUCCUGGAGUAGUAGUAGAUUGCCUUCCUGUACUUACCAGCAGUUUACAGGAAGAAAAACCAUAUAUUUCAGUUGGCUGCUGUGUAGAUCUGUUUCCUUUAGUAAAAUCACUGCUUAAAAGCAAAUAUGAAGAAUAUGUGAUAGUUGGUCUAAACUGGCUCCUAGCUGUCAUUAAGAGAUGGUGGUCAGAACUGUCUGCACACAUGGAAAAAGUAAAAGAUGGAAAUAUUCAGAUUUUAAAACAACAACUAAGUGGAUUGUGGGAACAAGAAAAUCAUCUGACUCUGGUUCCAGGAUAUACUGGUAAUAUAGCUAAGGAUGUAGGUGCUUAUUUAUUACAGCUACACUGAGAUGCUUGGAGAACUGAGUGCAUAUUUGGCUAAAUAAUCCUUUUAAAUAUCUGUGGAUUUAUACACUAUUUCCAAAAUAUCUCUCUUCUAAGAACUGUUGGCAGAAGAGGACUUUCAAAAACUGUUUAAUGAAACCACUAACAAAAUCCUAACAAUCUACUUCACAUUGAAGUGGAAAAAUGCCUAAUAGGAGCAGCUUUUACUUCAGUGAGGUGAAAGUGUACUAUGAAAACUAUAUGCCUUUUGCUGUAUUUGGGAUUUGUUCAGUUACUUGGUAAAGUCAUUUUAAGUGCUGCUGUGUUUCACUGCGAUAUUGCAUAAAGGAAUAUAAAUUCUACCAUCGUGAAGACAAAACUGCAGAACCAGUUAUAAGGAACCAACAAGGCCAGUCGCCGCCAUAAGAGGGUUUUAAACUGUUUCACAAGAAAAGUUAAAAUGUGCAGCUAUUUUCCAGUUAUGUUGAAAAAACUUUGAAAUGUUUUAGUAUCUUGUUUUAAUCAAAAUAUUAAAGAUGGUUUUUGUUUGCACUAUUGAGAAACUGUAUACAGCAAGAUGCCUUAAUUACUAAUGUUUGAAAAGCCAAUUUAUUAAGAUACAAAAUAUAUCUAUUAGAAUCAACAAAUCAAGACAUGAUGAAAAACUGCUAUAAAAAUCAGGGGUUCACAUUGUGUAAAACUCAUUUGUGAUGCAUUUGCACAUUUUUUUAAAAAAUCAAGUCAAUAUUUCCACUAUAUCUGUUUUUUGGAGAAUCGUCAGAUGUAUAUGACAUAACUAGCAUAUAAAAAUAACUGAAUUUGUUUGGAUAAAUGCGUAUUGCAAAUGUCAGACUGGUGAAUUUAUACAGCUAACACUUUUUUAUUGUAUGUGGAUUUGUAAUAUAUUAAUCUUUAGUUCUAUAUCAUUUAAACUACACAGAUGAGUAAAUGUACUAAAUGUUUCUACUGUUUUUCUUUUUGAAGCUCAGAUCAUUUUACCUGGUUUUUUCCCCCUAGAACAACUUCUUCCACACUACUUUUUUAUUAUGGAUAUUUAUAUCUACUGCUUUAGCAGUGUUUACAGCCAGAAUAGACCUGUAUUUUUUCAGAUCUAACAACUUGUAGGCUACCUCCUCUAACAAAAGUUAACACAUGGCUUUUAUAAAAUUAGUUGUUAAAAGUCUGUUUUUUUUCCUGAUAAAUUCAAGCUACCUUAAAUCUAAAUGGAUCCACAGUGAAACAAAUUCAGUAGCACAGUUUACAGCUAUAUUUUCUCUUACUGAUUGUGAUAUUUUAGUUUAACUGCUCUAACUUAACACUAUGGAAAAUCUUGGGGUUUUUAGACUGGCAACUUUCUCUUGUAUUUUGUGACUAGCGACCAUGCUUGUCCAAAUGAAAUUCUAUGAAGUGCCAACUGUGCACUUAAAAGAGAAGCUGAAAUGUAGAUCUGUAGCAUGUACCCAGCCAAUGACAUUUGUUUUUGAAUUAAAAAUAUUAUGGAAGUUGUCUUCGUGUUUAAAUCAGCAAUUAUAAUUACUGUAGCUUCAUAGGUGUGUUUUUGCAACUUAGCACAGAAGGGUCUAUUGCCAGACUUUUUUUUUCUUCCCCUACAUGCGUAGAGGCUCCUCUGCUUUGCAAAUGAAACAACUAGAGUAUAAAUUUUCAUUGUGGGAAGCGUAAGGCUCUAGAGUAUUACUUCAUUUUGAGUUUAACUUGCAUGAUCAUGGUCGCUAACUUCUGAGAGGAUAAAAGUGUCUUCUCAAUCUGAUGUUUAUCUUUUGUAUAGGUAAAUACCCUUUAACCCUCCAAAGGCUCUGAACAUCUCAACAACACUAUCAUCCUAAGGAACAAGAGACUUAGAACAGCUCCCAAACUUGAAAUUGCUCUAGGACAACUUCAGAUAUAAUUGUGGAAAGUUAAAUUUACCUGUUGACAUCAUCCAAUGAUCUUGUUCUUAUGAGAUGUUAUUUCUGAAGUAGACCUUAAUUGGAUUUUCUUCACUAAUGAGCUUUUGUAAUUUAUUCAGAUUACUGUAACUAAUAGAAUUUAAAAAGUUAAUUUGAACCAAAGUUCUCCUUUUACUGGAAGAAUUGAGUGCCAUCUAUCUUUAGAGGUUUAUCAAGAACUGUAAUUCAUGCUCAUGUAAUUUUGAAACCGAAUUUCCUGCUAAAACUAGUCACUUUCCAGUGUGUUAACCGGGAUUAUAGAACGAAUACUUAGAGAAACUGUAAAGUAAAGAUGUUCUCGUGCACUUUACUGCUCCUCUAUUAUGCAUAAAGAUCUUUAAAUUCCUUUCUUUUGAUUUGUUUUUAUGUGCAAUUGCUAGAGUUUUGAAUCACUCUGCAAGGGUAGUGAGCUCUAAAAGAGAUGAAAACUGUCAGGUUUUCUCCUAGAUUUGGUGGCAAGAAAGAAAAUCAUCCAUAACCUCCAUGAAUAGAAACCUUUCAGAGGCUGACUGGAAUAACUAUAAGUAAAAUGCACAUCUUUUAGUCAGUAUCCAGCUUGACUAUAGUAACAAAGGCAUUGGUUCCAAGUGAAUGUUGCAGGUGGUCAUUGAUCUCUCACCAGAUUAAUUAAGAGGACAGUGGUUGUCUCUUGUAUCCCGUGCCAGCAGUAAAGAUAAGAGUUGUCUAGAGAACCAACUUGGGCAAAUGACUUGUAAACAAUGUAUACCUUUCCACCAAAAGUUCUGCUUCCGCAGCAUUUAUAAGGGAGUACAGUAUUAAAAAUGCAGUGUCUUUCACAUCCGUGCCUUAUCUGAAUGAGUGCAUCUCUUAAUUUGUGACUGUUAGGGAGCUACUAGACUGUGAAAUGAGCAAAAUUCUUGGUCACUGGUAUCAAAAUAAUUCUAACCAAAGCUUCAUUUAUCAACCCAGCAAUAUAUAUUUUGACUGCUUCAGAACUAGUUAAAUGUUUAAAAAAAAAAAAAGGCGGUGGGGGAGGAGGGUGCAGCUUAGUUGCAAGUUAUCAGGAUUAGUCUGCUGCCUGCUAUUUGCUUUUCACAACUGGCUGGGAAUGAGUUGUGUUAUAAUGGAAUGUAUUGUGUGUAAUGUCAAAUCAAAAAAGUGAUACAAUGGGUAAAAAUGUCAGCAUUUGUAUAAACUUAUAAAAUCCUUGUGUAGUGACUGUCUUAAUUUAUCUAUUCAAGAGUCCUUACUGGACCAAUGAAUAAUUCAGUGAAAAAAUAAACUUCCCUCUACUCUGUU